AUGCACCAUCCUACUAUCCUCACCAAUGUCAUCACCCUGUUUAUCAACAUGGCCUUAGCUGUGAACCAGAAGUACGACGUCGACGUCACCAGGAUAAACUAUAAUGGGGAUGACUACUCGCUCCUCAGUGUAGCUCCCAGUGUCCACACAAUCAACAGGGACGUUGAGGUUACUGAGCUUAAGAUUGUCAGUGUCUACUCUAACGUGCCAGUUAUUACUUACCCGAUGGGCAACCGUUAG